CGGUAUCAAACCUCUAAUUAUACAUUAGACGGGGCGUUUUACCUACCUGAGAAGUUCACCAUAAUCUACCUCUACAGAUCAACACACGAAGACUUCAGUUUAGCGUCAUACAAGACAGGUUGACAAAAGACCAGCUGUGAGAUUUACUACCAAAUCAGCCUGCAGAUCAACAUACAGACUAGCCAAAUUAACACUCUAUAAAACAGUGAGGACGCCGACUGUUGACCUGGGCCUGGAAUUGUGACAGUGAUUUCGAGCGAAAACAUCCUUAGUUGACUAAUCGGCAGUAGUACCCCCAAAGUCUCUCGGAGGACAUCAUUCUUCCAACCAGGGAACGUAGCACAUCAAAUUGCUGUCAACAACUGGAAUUUUACUAGUUCAAAAAAAACAAGAGAUCUACCAGAGCCCCGCAUUCCAUCUUGUCACAUCAAAUCACCAUUCUAAUAUACACACACAUAUAUAUACACAUAUAUAUAUAUAUCAUGGCUUCUGGAAACGCCGUCCCCCGGGCACAGCUUCAUAUUAGGGCUAAGGGAAAUACUAAGUGUAAAGAUCACAAAGACAAUGACGUGAUUUUUGUAUGUCAAAAUUGUAAAACGCUUAUUUGCCCGACUUGCUCAAUUUCCACACAUAUAUCACAUAUCAAAAGUUUUGUUGAAAUUUCAAAAAUCUAUAAAGAAAACCAACGUGUUAUUCAAAAUUUUUUAAAUGAAACCGACAACGUUAAUAUUCCGAAAUUGAAGCAGGAAAUAAUUUCAUCGCGAACAAAAAUGACUUCAUGUAAACCUAAUUACGAAAAUCUUCGCAAAAAAAUUAUUGACGAUAAUAACCAGUGUAAAUUAGAACUGGACAAGAUCACCGACGAUUACAUCAAACUUUGUGACAAGAUGGAGGUGGCGGCCAUGGACCUAAUUCAGACCCACAUCACAAACCUGGAGGAGAGGUUGGGUACUCUCAAGCAACUCUCAUCUGAGUAUAAACAGACUCUCCAGACAGGAACCGCUGUACUCGUGUACGACUCGGUAUCAGAAAUCCGGGAAAUGGAUCCAGAAAUCCCACCAACACCUAACAUAGACAUGGCCGAGUUUACUCCGGGUAUGGACAGACUAAGUCACUUGAAACAGGCCCUCGGGAACCUCAAACUUCCUACUGACCAUCUCCAGGUAGGAUCGGCAACUAGUGGUCACUCCGACCAACGUCCAGUAGUCCGACCAAAACAGUCUAAAGAGGUUGAUCAAGCGUCCACUGGAGAAGUCCGGUACAAACUUCGUGACCGUCCAACCGUCAUGUCCCAGUUCCCAUACCCGGGUAACAUCACGUCGAUCUGCCCUACAUCUGAUGGACGUGUGUGGCUGUGUGAGCGGUACACCAACACAGUAAAUCUCAUCGACAACCAAGGUCAGGUCAUACAGACGAUACGACACAGCAGUGACAUACAGGACAUCAGUCUGGACCCCACCACAGGUCGUCUGUGGUUCUGUUGUUUUGGUGAUAAAACUAUCUGUGAAGUAUCUACACAAUCUACACCAGUCACACGAUUCACUACAGAGGAUUACCCAGUCAGACUGUGUGUGACCAGGGAGGGUCGGGUAGUGGUGGGUACACGGGGUAUAGGACAGGGGUACAAGGUGGGGGUGUAUACAGUGGACGGUCAGGUGUUACAUACAGCCAUUGUGGAGGGGGAAGUAGAGUCAAUAUCACAAUGUGGUGUUACAGGUAAUAUAGCUGUAGUAGUGAAUUAUAAACAUAUCAUUGUGUACAACUCAACACUCCAGUCUCUGGUAAACUACAAGGGGGAGGGGAUACAGGCCCGGGGGGAGGGGAUGCAGGUGCGGGGGUCGAUCACACCAGACAGGUUUGGUCCUCUUACAGUUGUAUAUGACAGUAAGGGUAAUAUUGUUAUUGCUGACCAGACAAGGAAAACAAUAGAACUGAUAAGUGGAGCAGGGAAGUACAUAAAAACACUUCACACAAACAAAGUAUACCAGUGGGUAGUAGGUAUACAGAAGGGUGAUGUGUUGUGGUCAUACUUAGUGUUAGAUACAGGAGGGUGGGGACUCAAACUCCUCAAGUAUUAUAGAGACUGAGUGACUCAACCUUGAGUGAGGAUACAGACAGUUUAUAUCAGUGGACUUAAACAACAUUAACUUUACAUUGUUAUAUCAUCAUACAUUUCUCAACAUGCAUGUACACAUUACAAACGGCAUGUAAUUAAUCUUAUUUAUCGUUAAUUUACUGUCCGUAUAAUUUAGUAAACCUGUCCCUGUGAUACAUGUUUCUCAAAACGAAGAAUGCGUUUACCCUUUAAUGUACGGUAAAUAUAAUUUAUAAACAUGUUCCUGUGAUACAUUUCAACUACUGUUUCUCGACAUAUAUAAUGUGUUUACCGUUAAAUGUACUGCAAAUAUAAUGUUAUCAAUAUAUUAAGACCGCGGUAUUAGAACCACGUCACUGUGAUACAUUUCAACUACUGUAAUGAACUCUGAAAUCAACGUCCCUGCAUGUUUUAUGUGUAUAACCUGACUCCCCCUUUCUCCUCAAGUGGUUUUUCCCAUUCGAAUUUAAUUGACCCAGAGAGAUAUAUUUUUUAAGUUAACAUACAAAGGUCACGUGACGUCAUCAGUAGUAUCACCAGUUCCACUCUAUGUAACGUGUAGUGUCUUUACGGUGUUUAUGUAAUAAAUAUUUCUUGAAUUGAUA